CGUUGCCAUGUUCAUUUAUAAUAAACGUGACAGCUAGUGCUGUGUCCACUUUGCCAUUCAUUUAAUGACCUGGAAUAACUUGUUUUCAAGUAACUUGUAACAGCGAGCUCGUCUCCUUGAACUCCUUAACAUACUCCUUAACAGCGAGCUUGAACUCCUUAACGAACUCCUUAACAUAGAAGAAAAAGUAAAAGGAGUAAAAAUAAAACCGAAAGAAAGCACAAUUGCUAGCUAAUAAGUAAGCUAACUUGCUAAAACGGAGUUUGCAUACAAGAAAAUGGUUUUCUUGCUACAGUUAGAGGGAAGCCUAACUUUUGCAUUUUUAAGGUGUGUGUGUGUGUGUGUGUGUGUGUGUGUGUGUGUGUGUGUGUGUGUGUUCCUGGAGUGAGGAGUUUGUUGUCUUGUAUCAAGUUGCAUUGCAUUGCCAGUGUAAGCGGAGACGCCGCAUAGAACAAGUCUGAUGGUCAAAUAACAUUAGCGACGACUUCUCAUGUAUAACCUAUGAAUUGUCACAGCAUGGCACACGAUGUUAAAACAGCAAUCCAGAGAGCGAAACAUAAAAUUUCGAGCUUGGAGAAUGAGCUGUGUGCCAAAAGGGAGAAUUGCUCAGAGGGUGAGGAGAAAAACCAUCAGAUGCCAUGGAAGCUCAAACAAGAGCUGAAGGAUUCACUUGUUGAUAUGUACAAAGCUAAUCCCAAAGUCAAUGAGGAACUGAAACAAAGGCUGCCGUCCCCUAUAAAGCGCCAUUGUUCAGAGACCACACCACAACCUGGGUUCUGCAGUCAGGGCUCCAGUCCAGAUAUCUCGCAAGCUACGUUGGAGACAGUGGCCCCGGAGAAAAAGCUGAAAGGUCCUGACUCUCCCAGGGCUAGAGAAGACCCAGUGCGUAUACCUUCUCCACCACCGCCACCACCCCUACCAGCCACAGUUAGAAAUCUAGAGGAGGUGAUGCUGUCCCACCAGAGAGCCGACACACAGCACAGCCUGGACGGAGAGGAGACAGACAACAGGGCUGCCAGCAAAUCACCUUGUGUUACACCUGAGUCAGCAGGAUCCAGAGGACUCACAGAUGAGGGCAAUGAGAAUUCCAAAGUUACUCAUGAAACCAAAAGGCAAGUCCCGUUCCUGGAUAAAGAGAAGAACAUUGCAUUCCUAUUGAAGGAGCUGGACUCGCUCAGAGACCUCAAUAACAAGCUCCAGGACAAGCUGGCCCUGAAGGAGAAGGAGCUUGAGACUUUGCGAUUGGACAGCCAGCUUCAGGAAGAGAAACUUGGGGCCCAUGCAUGUGAGAGAGCUGCAGCAUUAGUGGAGGAGAUUUAUAAAGCUCAGAGGGAGAGGGACCAGGCUGUCAUGGCCAGACUGCGGCUAGCUAAUGAGGAGCGGGAUGAGGCUCUUCUCCGAGCCAAGAAACUUCAUGAGGCAGUACUUGAGCUGGAGAAUAUUAACCCAGAGGAAACUGACAUGGACCUGGAGGAGUUGCUCAACAGAGUGAGCAGUGCGGAUUCUGCCUUGAGCAUUGAGAAGGGUGGUAUGGCCAUCAUGGAGCGCAUUCAGAGGGCUAGGGAGCGCCGCUCUAAGAUUACCUCUGAGGAGAUGAAAGCUGUCAUAGAGGAGCGAGACAAUGCCUUAACCAGGUGCAAGCGCCUCGAGCAAGAGCUUCUUCACACCAGAGAGCUGAGCCAAACCAACAACACCUGUCACUUGAACAUGGCACACAAUCAGGAACGGGUGCACAAGAUUCAGGUAGAGUUGGAGGCUGUGCAGCGAGAGAAGGAUAUGGCUGUGGAACUUGGGCACAAAAUGGAGGAGGAGCUCCAGGCCCUGCGCAGGUGCCACAGUGCACAGCAGAGCCAAACAGAGGAGUCUCCAUGCUCAUCCUCUCCCACAUGUGUUAAGGACAGCAGCACAGCCCAAGGACAGAAUCUGCUGAAUCGUGUGCAGCAGCUCACCUCAGAGCUACAGAACACUCGAACUCAACUCCAAGUGACACAGGAGUCUGAAAGAGAGGCCACUGAAAAAGUGCACAAGCUAGAGCGGUUGGUAGACGUCCUGAGGAAGAAGGUGGGCACAGGCAGUGUCCGUACUGUGAUCUGACUGGCCGGUGGGUGAUUGGAGCAGACGGCCACAUCUGGUGACCAGGCUGCUGUGUUUAACUCUGAGCAAACAGCCGAAGCCCUUCCUGGGCAAACACGGACUGGAAGUGCUGCUUGCUCUCACCCUCAGCCCUUCACUCCCUUCUCAUAACCUUCAUACACACUUUCUCACUGUUAUAGUCUCUGAUUGAUGCUACUGUAACCAGCCAUUUUAUCUCAACCGUGUCUUUGAAGUGUUAUUUUUUUAUGUCUUGAUUUGAACAAUGUGUUCAGUGUCCAAGGAUCUGGGUACCCUAAUGAGGUCUUUUACUUCUGAAAUAUAAAAUGUUUAGCUGGCCUGUUUUGUGUAUUAAAUGGUUUACAGAGUAAUAUCAGAUGAACCAGGCAAGUGUUGGGUAUUUUUCAGCAAUAAAUAAAGGGACCUUGAUUUCAAGUCUGUGCUUGAUUAGAUUUGACAACUAAGAAAAUAUAUAAGGCUUUUUAUUUUGUAAAUAUAAUUGGAUUUUUUUUUUUCUGAAAGCUUUUUUUUUUUAAGAAAUAUUAAAAUAUUUGCAAAGUAUGAGUUGUGAGUAUAAAAAGCAGCCUUGUGAUGAUAAAUGUCAGACAGAGGAGGAAGUUAUCGGCAGAUUUACGGCCGCUCACCACACCACAGGUUUUCUUAAACCCUGUCUGCUCCUGAUAGUGGACAUGCACCAUAUUAUCUGAUUGUUUUUUUUUCAUUAGCUGACAUUAUCUAUUUCAAGUGAGAAUAAAUGCUAACGUUUUCAGUUUUUUAAACUGAUGUAACUGACAUGGUUUAUACAACAAUCAUUACCAUCUUAAUCUAUUGUAAAUU